AAACAACCUAAAAAAGAUUUACACUUAUCAUUUAAUCAAUUAAAUUAUGAAUUCAUAAUGUUAGAAAGUGAAUUAAAAAUCUUUUUUUAAAAUUUAAAGUGAAAUACAAUUCGAAAGUUGAAUAUGAGUGGAAAUUGAGUUAUAUCGCCAUAGUGACAAGGUCAAACUGAUUGUACUACUAACGAGUUAUCUCAUUUUAUAAGUGAAAUAGAAAAAAAAAACUUAUUACAUAUAUUGUUUAGUGAAAAAGUAGCAUUGACUAACUUUAAGUGGAUGAUUUUAAAACGAAACCAAAUAAGAUACUAUCCAAAUGGAUAACAAUAAUAAUAUUGCCUCAGAAAUUCAUCAAGAAAAAUCAACUGAUCAGAAUGAAUUCUUAUACGGUUGGAUUGAUGAUAAUAAUCUUCUACUAACAGAAGAAGAUAUUAGAACCAUGUUUUUAGAAGGUUAUGGUAAGAUAAUGCUAUUGGUGAAGUAGUCAAUUAGUUUUUGUAAACUUUUUGAUGCAUUAUCACUAUAUCUUAUAUAACGGAAUUAUACUAAAUGGAGAACCACUGCACACAAGUGUUUCGUCAUUCUAUUUUGUAGUGUACAACCAUGGCCUUCUAGUUUAUUAUUCAUAGAAAAAUCCGGUUUACCGACGGACUGUUUACCAUUGAAACGUGGUGUCUAGUUUUACAGUUGACCAAGAGGAUAUUGAAGGACUUAGUGUACAAGAGACAUCAACUACCCCAUUCGCAUCUAGUUGGAUGGAUGCAAAUUUAAGCAAAACAAGAGCAAGAAGUCGCUUAUGGCCGCCUUCGAAAUCCACUACAACAGUGUUGAAUUUCACUACUAAUGACUUGAACACAUCAAAUGACGUGGAUUUCAAACUAGAUGAAUAUCACGAAACGGAUCUUGAAAGUGACAUGACAGAAAAUUCCAAAUCUCAAGAAACUAGUCACAAUCAAUUGACAGAUUUUCAAAGUCUUGACGAAUUUUCUAAAAGAAAAAAAAUUGACUCUAGAUUACAAAAAUCCCCAACGAUUAGUCCCAAUAAUGAAAAAAAAAUUAGUAUUAAUUCAAAGAUAAUAGAUGAAGUAAAUGUGAAGUUGUACAACGAAAAAAGUUAUCUGAACACAGACUACGAUAAAAUAAUGUCUUUAAUUGGGCAAUUAAAACAUGAUACUACAGGAAUUUCACAUUAUCUAUACUUUUGUGCAUUAAAUGGAGUUAGUCCACUAAGAUAUGUUAUUCAAAAUCUUGGUAAAGAAAAAUUAUCUUUACAACAUCGUGGAAUUGGAAAUUUGGAGAUGAAACUGAUUACAGAAGCUUUAAGACAUAAUACUACGAUCACGUGGCUGGAUUUAUCUUACAAUGUAUUGGAACUAAGUAGUCUGUCAUUUUUAUCAAAAGUUUUGAAAGAAAACACAUUUAUACAAACAUUGCUUUUGAGUGAAUGUAAAUUACGCAAAGAUGGUCUGAUGGAAUUGUUCAAUGACUUGAUCAAAAAUGUUACUAUAAAAAAUUUAGAUUUAUCAGGCUGUGAUUUAGGAGAUUCUUCUUGUAGUAUGCUUGCAGAAAUCUUAACUAUGAAUCGUGUUUUAACGUAUUUGAAUUUGGCUCGAAAUCAGAUUGGUUCAGAUGGGGCUGAGCUUCUCGGCGAUGCAAUUAGUUCAAAUGAUACAUUGUUUAAAAUAGAUCUUUCAUGGAAUUCAAUUGCUAAUAAAGGUGCUUUAGAUAUUGCAAAAGGAUUAAAGGAGAAUAUUCAUAUAAGUGUCUGUUAUUUAUCGUGGAAUGGAUUUUCUGAUAAAUCUGGACUAGAAGUAGCACAAAUCAUCAAAGAAAAUACAACACUAGAAGAAUUGUAUUUACAACAUAAUCGAAUAAGUGACAAAGAAAUUGAAACUAUCGGCCAAGCUAUAUAUAUGGCGACUGAUUCAGGUGAAACGAAGUUGAGAGUUUUGGGCGUUAGCAGUAAUCCAAUCAGUACAAAAGGAUUGUACAAUUUCUUUAAACAGAUUACUAAAUGUCAGAGUUUGAAACUGAAACAGAUAAUGAUGGAGGAAAUUCCUGUUGACUUUGAAUGUAUGCAGUUAAUUGAAUCACUUGAGAAAACUUUCACUGAAUUAUGUAUAACUCAUGGACCACAGUUGAUUGUAGGCAAUACACAAGAUGAUGUGCAAUCGGAAGGUGGUACAUUUGUUGACUUAUUAUUUCUUCUUAAAAGUCAAGUAAACUAUAAUGGAAAAAUAUUUACUGAUGUACUUCAGAAUAUGGACAUAAAUAAAAAAGGAGCUGUUAGUGUUUUACAAUUUAUUGAAGCAUUGAAAAUAAUGGGGGUGAAUUACAAAUAUGAACAAGUAAAUGAUUUACAACAACGUUUGAACAAAUAUGGUGAUGGGACAAUUUAUUUCAAAGACUACUUAAAGAAAAAUGUGGAUUCAUUGACACCUGAAGCUAACAGUUCUAACUCCAGUCCAUUUAGACUGAAUGGCAGUUAUUCUUAGUUGAAACAACAAUAAAAGUCAAGUUCAUAUUUGAAUGUUCGCAUAAUGACACAUUUGGGAACUGUUUUUUUUGGAAGAUUUUUUCUUAGUUUUGUGAUUUGUUUCUGGAACUUGUAGAAAUAAACGUUUAUACUACUUGGCAGAC